UCACUCUUCUUCUUGUAUACUGUUUCAGAAAUGGCAGAAAAGGUGAAUGAAACCUCAUCUAGGUGUUCUGAACCUUCACCAGCUCUACCCUCUCCAAUGGGUACUCCACUGAGGAAGGUAUUUGACAGAAUUUCAGGUUUGGCCAUGACCUGUAAAAGGAAUGCAGUUCCACCUAGGCGCAGGAUUUUCCAUGGGGAUGUGGAACAGGAAGGAUUCCAGCAUGCAAGUACUUAUUGUCUCUCGUCAUACUACAGUGUCUUCGUAGCUCGCCUUGCUAUCAUGGUCAUGCUAGCGGUUUUGAUAGGGCUUCUAACAAUAUUAACAUGGCAUUUUACAAAAGUUUAUACAACAAGAUCCCUGAACACCUUAUCAUCUGGUCUCCGUUUGGAACUUCUACAACGGCCCAUGUUGCGAAUGUGGAACGUCUUAAAUUCGACCUCAGAAAUAACAACUGCCCAGGUUAAGUUGUCAGAAUAUGUAAUCAGACGGUAUAGCAAAGCCACAACUCAGGCAGAACAAGUUGGGCUUUAUGAAAUGAUGAGGGAUGUAACAUGGGCCCUAUUUUCAAGCAAUAAAGCUCUCAAUGCAAUAACUAUCAGUUACAGGAAUGGAUUUGUCCAGGCAUUCCAUAGAGAUCACAGGAGUAACAACACAUUCUACAUAUACUCUGACCUUGUAAAUUAUUCAAUCAGUGCUACUGGUUCUUAUGAUGUCAAUAUGCUGACAUCGCAUCAGGGGUGGGAUAAUGAAUCCAUUCAUGGUAACCUUUCUGCAAUCUGGUAUCAGGAACAACUCGAUCCUGUUACAGGGGAGAAGAUAGGAAAGGCAAAGCCAGUUCCACCAGAUGACUUGAUCAAUAUAGCAGGCCUUUCCCAGGUACCUGAUGGUGCAGCUUCGUGGCAUGUGGCAGUAAGCAAGCAUACAGAUUCACUAUUGCUUUCAGCAGCACUACCAGUGUUGGAUCCUUCUAAUGAAAGAAUAGUGGCUGUUGUGGGUGUCACUACAGCACUGUAUAGUGUAGGACAGCUAAUGAAAGAACUUGUUGAAGUUCAUGGCGGAUACAUCUAUCUGACCACUCGAGAGGGUUACUUACUAGCUACUUCCACAGAUGCUCCUUUGUUAACAAAUACAACAAAAGGACCUGAGCUUAUGUUGGCCGUUGAUUCGGAAGACCCUGUAGUACGUAUGGGAGCUCGGUGGUUGCAGAAAGCCUAUGGAAACAAGUUGCCUCCACAUCAUGUAGUUCAAGUAGAAAAUGCCGAGCUUGACCGUCAGCAAUAUUACAUUGACUUAUUUUUCUUAAAUCUAAAAAGACUUCCUAUGGUGGGUGUUAUCAUCAUUCCGAGAAAAAAUAUAAUGGGGAAGGUGGAUGAGAUGGCCUUGAAGACAUUAGUCUUAUUGAUCUCUGCAUCUCUCUGUAUCCUAGUCAUUGGAUGUGUUUGCAUUCUGAUACUGACAAAUGGAGUAUCAAAGGAAAUGAAACUUAGAGCAGAGCUUAUAAGCCAUCUUGAUGCAAGACGGAAAGCAGAGGCAUCAAGCAAUUACAAAAGCCAAUUUCUAGCAAAUAUGAGUCAUGAAUUGAGGACACCUAUGGCUGCUGUGAUUGGAUUGCUGGAUAUUCUUAUUUGUGAUGAUUGUCUUUCGAAUGAACAAUAUGCAACAGUUACUCAAAUCAGAAAAUGCUCAACAGCUCUUCUCCGGCUUCUUAACAAUAUAUUGGAUCUGAGCAAGGUUGAAUCUGGAAAACUCAUCUUAGAAGAAGCUGAGUUUGACUUGGGACGGGAACUUGAAGGGCUUAUUGAUAUGUUCUCAGUACAGUGCAUUAACCACAAUGUGGAGGCUGUUUUGGAUCUCUCUGAUGAUAUUCCUAAGUUAGUCCGAGGAGACUCUGCUAGAGUAGUUCAAAUUUUCAGUAAUCUGAUAAGCAAUUCCAUCAAGUUUACAACAUCUGGCCAUGUUAUCCUUCGUGGAUGGUGUGAGAGCUCUAAUAUGGCUAGUGAUGCUGGAAUGUUUCCAUCUGAUCAGAAGAAAUCACGGUCUACACUAAACACAAAGUUGAAGCAAAAUGGAAACCAUAUGGACAGUGAGAAAUGCAAUAAAGUGAUUCUAUGGUUUGAAGUUGAUGACACAGGCUGUGGAAUUGACCCAAGCAAAUGGGAAACUGUGUUUGAAAGCUUUGAGCAAGCUGAUCCUUCAACAACUAGAAUGCAUGGUGGGACUGGUCUUGGACUAUGCAUUGUAAGAACCUUGAUUAACAAGAUGGGAGGAGAAAUCAAGGUUGUAAAGAAGAAUGGUCCGGGAACUCUAAUGCAACUAUACUUGCUUCUCAGUACACCAGAAGAUGGCACAGAACAGCACCAUCAAAUUGAUUUUGUGGAGCAUAGUGUAGUAGUUCUCCUUGCUUUACAUGGCAGCAUGGGUAGAUUCGUUAUGUCCCAGUGGCUGUCUAAAAAUAGAAUAUCCCCUGUGGAAGCAUCUGAAUGGAAUGAGCUGACACAAACCCUCCGUGAACUGUUUCAUACCAGAGGUCGUAACAGUGGUUUUAACACUCACUAUUCACUAAGUGAAUCUUCAAGAGAUAAACUAAAGAGCAUAGAAGAUGUGACCAACCCACUUUACAUCAUAGUUGUUGAUAUAGGGCUGCUUGACUCGAGCACUGAUAUAUGGAAGGAACAGAUUAACUUUCUUGAGAAAUUCUCCAGUAAAGCAAAGUUUGCAUGGAUGCUAGAGCAUGAUACCUCCAAUGUUAUAAAGAUGGAGCUCCGCCAGAAGGGGCAUAUUCUGAUGGUUAAUAAACCAUUGUACAAGGCAAAGAUGAUUCAUAUUUUAGAAGCUGUAAUGAAGGAGAGAAAUCUUGAACUCCAGAAGAAAAGUUCAAAUGCUACAAGAGUUACCACAAGAGAAGGUGAUUCUCAUGAAUGUCUUGAAAUAGCUUCAACUCAUUUUGAAACUUGCAGCUCUGAUGAUUCUGAUAUUUCUGAACUUGGUGAUUCUAAUUCUACAAGCUCUUUGCAUAUUGGAGAGCAGCAAGAGGAAAAGUUUGUGAGAUGCAGUACUUCAAAUUUCCAAACAAAGAACUGCUUAGUUGAAUUCUGUCAUUCAGAAGAAAAUAACUCAUGGACAGAAUAUAUGUCUAAUGACAGGCCUACGUUAAAUGACAUGGGAGAUGCUAAAUGUGUAAUUUCCAGAGGGCCAGAUCGACCUUCAGGCAGCAGUGGUAAAGAACAAAGGAAACCAUGCCCAAGUAAAGCUAUGAAUGAACAGAAAUCACUUGAAGGCUUGCGGAUACUGCUUGCAGAAGAUACACCAGUACUUCAAAGAGUAGCAACCAUAAUGCUGGAAAAAAUGGGGGCUACUGUUAUUGCUGUUGGAGAUGGACUACAAGCAGUUGAUGCCCUAAACUGCUCCCUUGACAUAGAAGAGGGUGGAAGGAAGCCCUCCUUCCAAGAUGGCAGCCCAAGAUUUCAGACAGAGAUUUGCGAUUCCCCUCCGUAUGAUUUGAUCCUCAUGGAUUGUCAGAUGCCAAAGAUGGAUGGUUAUGAAGCAACAAAGGCAAUAAGGAAAUCAGAAGCAGGAACUCGUAUGCACAUUCCAAUUGUAGCCCUGACAGCCCAUGCAAUGUCCUCAGAUGAAGCCAAAUGCUUGGAGGUAGGCAUGGAUGCUUAUCUAACAAAGCCAAUUGACUACAAGCUAAUGGUGUCCACCAUUCUCUCACUCACUAAAAGAACACCCUAACUUUCCAUGUUUAGCAAAGCUAACAAAGUAUGUGACACUAUAUGUGUCAUGCAACUUUGAAUGCAAAGGUGGAUUUUAGAUUCUCAAACCCCACAACUGCAUUUGAUCUAGAUAUACAGCUAGCUUUUCCUUUUGAAUUCACAAAUCAAGAGUUGAUCAAGAAAGAGCAUUAAUGUAA